AUGGCAUCGCCGCCAGCGCCAUCUUCCGCGACGCGUCCCUCUCUCAGGUCACCCAGCGCAUUCCGCGUCUGCCCUUUCGUUUUUGUACCUUCAGUUUUCCUUCCCUCUUAUCUUCUUUCCCGUGCAUUCACUCGCUAUUUUCGCCCCUCUUCCCCUCCCCAGCCCGGCAAACCUCUCCGCGUAACCAAGCGGGUUGUCAAUCGCCACACCCUUCGCGCCACCAUCGCCGCCGCCUGCUUCCGCCCGCCCGCGCACGAAGCCGACGCCCUCGCCGCGGCCAUGCGCCUCCGCCAGCACCUGCUGAGCGCCCGCCCUGCUGACGUCAUCGUGUUCGUUGGAGGGGACGCCGGGAGGAGCGAGGCGGAGGGGCUGGUGAUGCGCGCGGUGAGCAGGGCGCUGGGGGCGGGCGUGUGGGCGCACGCGGUCGUGGUGAACGCGGGGAGCGGGGGAAGGGAAGAGGGCGAAUCUGGAGAGGGGGCAGAGGCGAGGCGGGCAGCGUUGGAGGAGGCAAUGGGAGCGGAAGCGCGGCGGGGCGUGCCGUGUGUGGCGUGGCGGGCGGAGUGCGGGGUGGGCGCGGAGGCGCUGGGGGACGCCAUGGCAGGCGUGGUGCGCGCCACAGCUGCUGCCUUCUUUCCCCCACCCCUCCCCGCGCACGCCAACGCGGACGCCCCGUCCGCCCUCGACUUUGAUGACCUGGCAAUGCUGUCAGACCACAACAUUGCCACGUCAGCUGCAAAUGGCUCUCGCCCGCUCGCCUCACCGUCGGCCACCCCCGCCGCUCCCGAGCCCACUGCGCCCGCUCCUCACAACCCCUCCCCCGUUGUUGCUCCCACCCCUCCCUCCGUGCCUCUGCUGCCUGUCGCUCCUCCCUCGGCCCCUCCCCCGCCUUCCCUCCCUGUUCCUGCCUUCGCCUCUCUUUCUCUCGCCCUCUCCGCCUCUGCCCUCUCCUCUGCAGGCCCCCCAAUGCUGUUUCCCGCCAGCCGGCCCACGUCCCUCUCCCCCUCUGCCCCGCUCGUCCGCCCUGCGGCCUCCCCUCUCGCCCGCCUGACUGCCGUGUCAGCUGCGCGCCCCGCACUGUCCUUCCAGACCAAGUGCCUCGCGCCCAUGCCUGUCAUGUCGGCUUGCCACGUGGCAGCUGUCAACGGGCUGGCUGCUGACGUGUCACCCACACAUGCAGCUGUGGGCCCCGCGAAGCAAGCAACGGCGUUCCCUGAUCUCAUGCACCUGGCACGGCAGGCGGGCAACACCUGUCAGUGUCGCUCCCUCUGCUCAUGCCGUGCCUCUCACCCCUCCCUGCACGCCCACAGCGACCCCAAGGGAGCGGCGGGGGCACACAGGACGGUGGUGCAGUGGUUCCGCAACGACCUGCGCCUGCACGACAACGAGGCGCUCGCUGCCGCCCACAACGACGCCGCUGCUGUGCUGCCCGUCUACUGCUUCGACCCCCGCGACUACGGCAAGUCGGCGUCGGGGUUUGACCGCACGGGGCCGCACCGGGCGCGCUUCCUGCUGCAGUGCGUGGCGGCGCUGCGAGUGGCACUGCGGGAGCGCGGCAGCGACCUGGUGCUGCGCGUGGGGCGGCCUGAGGACGUGCUGCCACGCCUGGCGCGCGCGGUGGGGGCGCAGGCCGUGGUGCUGCAGCAGGAGGUGACGGCCGAGGAGAGCCGCGUGGAGGCUGCUGUGGCCGCCCGGCUCAAGUGCGUGUGUGUUGUUUCGUGUGUGUGGUGGCGGGCAUGGCAGGAGGAGGGAGUGGAGACACAGACAUAUUGGGGAAGCACGCUGUUCCAUGUGGACGAUCUGCCCUUCGCGCUGCCCCACAUGCCCUCCAACUACAGCGCCUUUCGUCAAGCCGUCUCCCGCAUCCAGGUGCGGGACAUGGUGGAAGCACCGGAGCACCUCAAGCCCAUGCCUGUCAUGGGCAACGUGCAGCCGGGGGAGAUUCCCUCUCUUGAGGCCCUUGGUCUCUCCGCCAUUCACCCUCCCACUCAGGGAGGGGAGGCGGAAGCUUUGCGCAAGCUCUCGGGCUUUGUUGCGGAGUCCAAGUCUGCUGCGGCUGGUUCCAAGGCCACGGCCCCCAGCAGCGGCCAGUACGGGGCGAGCUUCUCAUGCAAGAUCUCUCCAUGGCUCGCCAUGGGCUGCCUGUCCCCUCGCCGCGUCUUCCACCAAGUGCUGCAGCUUGAGGGCUCUCUCGCGCACCAGCUGGCAAGCAAGCCAGCAGCCAAGGCCAGGUGUGUGCAUGGACAGAUUGAGGGGAAAGGGGAAUGUAUGUGGCAGGCAUAG